CCCCCCGAGCCAUGCCCUAACGCCAGCGCCACGCAGACCUUCGACUGGAUGAGGGUGAAGAGGAACCCACCCAAGACAGGUGAGUUUGGGGAGUACGGACUCCUGGGCCAGCCCAACACCAUCCGCACCAACUUCACCACCAAACAGCUAACGGAGCUGGAGAAGGAGUUCCACUUCAACAAGUACCUCACCCGGGCGCGGAGGGUGGAGAUCGCCGCCACCCUGGAGCUCAACGAAACUCAGGUCAAGAUCUGGUUCCAGAACAGGCGGAUGAAGCAGAAGAAGAGGGAAAAGGAAGGUCUUGCCCCGGCCACUGCCCCCAGGUCUGCGAAGGAGGGGGGUGAAGCCUCAGACCAGUCCACCUGCACCUCCCCCGAGGCCUCCCCCGGCUCCGUUUCCUCCUGA